CGCUUGCUUUUCUCCGGUUGGUGACGUACGGCGAAGUAGCUCGCAGUACUAUAAAAAUCCCGAACCGAGAUCGAAACUUUUAAAAGUCCAAUUUUUUUCCGUUAGUUGUUCCGGGAACGCGUCAAUCAAGCUCUUUGCUUAGUUGUGAAAAACAACAGCACGUCAGUAAAACAAGACGAAACAUGAGUGACACAUCAACGGAGACAACAAUGGAGGUGAACGCGGAGGCUCGGCGGAUUCUGGCGGUGUCCAUAAGCAAGCUCUACGCGUCCCGGAGCCAGCGAGGUGGCCUGAGACUCCACCGGAGCCUCCUCCUCUCCCUGGUUAUGCGCUCCGCCCGGGACAUCUACCACUCGUCGGCCCCGCCGGCCGAGCCCAUGGACACCAGCCCGGAAGAGCCGGUGGAGCUCGACCUGGAAUCGGGGCCUCAGUCGGACGAGACCCCCGCCGAGCUGAGCUCAACGGCGGGGGGAGGUGCGCACCAGGAGGCGGAAGAGGAGGAGGGGGAGCCCGCUGAGGACAAAGAGAACCAGAGCCCAACGCGGCGAUCCAGGAAGCGGCGGGGGAGAAUGUCGGUGGCGCCACACUUCCUCCCAAGUAAGAGGGCGAGACUCGAGCCCGGGGAGGAGCGGCACGCCUCGCCGUUGCUGCCGCCGCCGCCGCCGGCCAGCUGCCGAAUGGGCCCCCCUGAGACCCUCACCACGCUGUCCAUGAACUGGGUCAUACCGGCCUGCUGAGAGGGCGAGACACGGAGGCUCCAUUGGACUUGGAGCUUAUUUGGCCCAAACUAGGAAGCGGCCUGGAAGUCAUACCGACGGUCCCGGGACAGGAAUGGUCCCUGAUCACCCGAAGAGAGCGAGCUCCCCAAGCAGGGAGUCUGCGUGAAGUAACUUCGGCCCGGGUCGAACGAGCGACAGAGUCGGCUGACUCUCCAGCUGAGUCACACAAACAAGGUGGACCCGCCAGGACACGCAGUGACUCAUUCCAGAGGAAGUCCAGUGUUAAGUCAACACACUCACACAAACUGCUGUUGUGGACCAACUACAUGGUGCUACUCAAAAAAAGAGCCUGUCUUUCAUCUUUUGGGGGGGUAUGGGGGAUAUAUUUUUGUGUAUUUAACUCAUUGUCUGCAAUGACAACGAUAGACGUCCAGUUAAUUUAAACUGGGAGGACUGGCUGUGAAUGCUCAUGUUUCACUGCUAUUGAUGGUGCUAAACGUCCAAUUCAUUUUGACAGGAAAGGCUAACCGCUCCCAGUCAAUAUAAAUUAGACUUCUAGAAACGUCAAUGAAAUAUUGAAUGUGAAAACCUCAUAUACCUCACAUGUAAAGCUGCUUUUUUAUUGUGAUCAUAAUAAAUGUGUUUAAAGUGAACAAAUGCCUGUGGUGAUUGUUGUCCAGACAGGAAGUCUCCAAUGUGGGUUAAUCCUCAAGCCUGUCAACUACCAGACGGCCUUUUUCUAAUCUAACACACACACACUCACACGCAUGCGGUCACACUACUUCCUGUGGAUUACAACAGAAUUAUGAAUCACAUCCUCCCGUUGUGAUCUGACGGCCACACACCACCCAAACACUUCAUUAUAGGUACAUCUUGUAGUGGCACUUCUUACAUGAAUGACUCCCAGGAGGGCGCCGAGCCAAUCCCAGGCGAGCUGUGAGACAUAAUAUUCGUCUCAUGUCUUUAAUUGGAACUUCCAGGAUCGUCACACCUGUGUUUACAUGCAUGCCAUCUCAUCCCACCAUAAAUUCCAUUGAGGUGACAAGGAGAAUGACAAAGGAGUGAGGUUUGGAUGCUUACUCGAAGUCAUUUUAUGGAGACGGCAACUAUAAUUGACGUCAUAGGCGGAGUUUGACUUUUGUGGCGGGGGGGUGAAAAACAUGUUGAUGACCCCGAAACACAGUGUUAGCAAUACAAUUAACUUACAAGAUAAUGCUCGGAUAGUAGCUUGGCCCAUGCUCGUACAUACAGGCAUCCCAGCUGUGUGUGUGCGACUCAUACACAUUUUUUUUGUCUUACCUAGUAUAAAAAUAGACUCCGCAUCCUUUUUGACUGAAUAUUCCAUUCAAGAAUAUAAUAUUUAUAUAAUAAUGAUACUUUAAAAAAUGAGCGUUUUUUUGUUUUUUUUUUGUUGCCCAUUAUUUUUUAGGGGAAUUCUAAAUCAGGCUGCUUAGGACAGCUAUUCUUUUGGGCAAGAUUGUCUUCCAUGGUGGCUCUGUUGUUGUACUCUGUUGUCCUCAGGGGGCUAAGCAAAGCAAAUGAUCAUCUCUGAGGUGCUAGUCACAUGAUCUGUUCAAAUUGUUUGUGACCCAUUAUAAAACUAUUUUUUUGUUCAAUCCAUUCAUGUUUGUUGUUUGUUUUAUUGCUUUACAACAUUUAAAAAAAAACAAUUUUACCGGCAAAGUCUUAAUUUUAAAUUCAUAUAUGGGAAGUUCAAUUACAUGCAAUGACAUUUUCAGCCACCGGGGGGGGCAUGCAACCUCCAGCCCUCCCUAAAUCUCCAUGUAUGAAGUCAUAAGUAUAAAUGAA